CUCUAAUGUCUUAAACAAUAUCAUAUAUAAUAAUAAUAAUAAAAUGGCAUGGCCAUACCACAUCCUCACCCUCACUGAGGAACAAUCCCACCACCGUCGGACCCUCCUUGACCGAUACGGGAUUUACGCGCAAUUCUCGGUAUUAAUCCCGAUCCUUUGUUAUCGGCUAUAUAGAUUGGGGAUAUGGGUUUACCGCAAGACAAGAUCGAGCUCGUACUCUGCUCUCCCGAAUCCGUCUGAAAAGGGGGCUUUGAGGAGAGUGACUCGAUGGAAUGCCCUUGUUUGGUGGUUGGAGGGUGAAGUCGUCCCUGGGUGGGGGUUGAGAAAGCAAUGGGUUUUGGGGUGUUUUUGGAUGUGUUGGAUGGUGGUUCUUUGUUUUUUGGAGACUGGGGAUGAUUAUCUCCACGUCGCAAAACGCUUCGGCAUCAUCGCAGCAGCAAACUUCCCCCUGCACUUCAUGCUAGGCAUGAAAUCAGGCUACUCGCCUCUGGCAUUCGUCUUCAACGCUUCCCAUGAGCAGAUCAUCCCCUUUCAUCGCAUGUCAGGAAGGAUACUUUACUGUCUGCUCCUCACUCAUGCAAUCUGGUACAUCAACUACUUCUACCAAUCUAAUCGUCUGGAUCAUCUUACGUCGCGACAUUCGCUGACGGGGAUUGUUUCAUUCACGCUCAUGACUAUCCUGACGGCUGCAAGUCUGGAAAGAGUUCGAAACUGGAGUUUUCGCGUUUUCUAUAAUAUCCACUUAAUACUUGGGCUGUCUAUGUUCCCAAUUCUAUUCUUCCAUGCCAAGGCCCUUCGUGUUUAUGCCGUCGAGUCGAUACUUAUAUUCAUCGUCGACCGUGUCCUCAGAAAAAUCGACACUGUUACUGUCAAAUCCGCAACGAUAUCGAAAAUCCCACAUACCGACCUCGUGAAACUGCACAUCCCAGUGUCAGGGUCGAAACUAGCACAGUUCCAGAAACUGCCCGCUCAGCAUGUUUAUCUUUCUCUACCGCGGGGCGUCAAGUCGUCAGCUCCGUUUAUUAACUCUCUAAUCUCGAAUCCGUUCACCGUCGCCAAUGUGGAAGAACACGCAGUUACUCUUGUUCUACGGGCGAGAAACGGCCCAACAACAAAAGCGCUAUCCACCCUAUCCGACUCCCUAAAAGCAAACACCCCCAUUUCCAUCGAAGGUCCAUACGGGAGCUCAUCUCGCUUCACCACCCUCGCAACACAAUUCGACCGCAUCCUCCUAAUAGCAGGCGGAGUUGGCGGAACAUUCAUUCUUCCCAUCUACCACGCCCUACGCGACCAAUUCGAAACCGAAGGCAGAAGCCCCCAUCGCCUCAAUCUAACCUGGUCGAUACGCACGCCCGCAGAGGUAGGCUGGGCCAUCGACCCCGAAGACGGGAAGUCAUUUAUCCAGAACCAGAAUGCGAAUGUGCACGUUACGCGGGAUCGUUCAUCGGAUGACCUAUCCACGCUUGCGGGGGAUGAGCUUGAGAUGGACGAAUUACAGCCGUUUAAUGGUGGGGAGGAGUUGAUAGGCGCGAAGAAGGGACGGCCAGAUUUGAGGGCCAUUGUGGAGGAGACGUUUAGUGAUGGGGAUGAGUCUGUUGCUGUUGUGUUUUGUGGGCCGAAGGAUAUGGGGAGGGACGUGAGAGGGUAUAUAGGGAAGUGGGUGAAGAGGGGACGGUAUGUGUGGUGGCAUGAGGAGAGUUUUGGGUGGUGAUAGAUGCUCUAUAUAAUUCGAUCAGUCUUCAUUUGCAGUACAGGAGUAAGGAUCCACCCUCUAUAUCCAAGAGAUAAAUCUCGAAGCAGGGCGAGCGAGAAGAUGUUUCUAGUCAAAUCAUGGAUGCAUCGGAAGGAAUACCCAAAGAGACUGGUUGUUUAAUUCGGUUACUCUCGAGCCCUAGAUCAGAUCAGAAUGUUGCUCAGCCUCAAAUAAACCAUCCUGAAUAUCAAUCGGAUAAGCCAUCGCGGAUCUUUUCGAGAAAGGUCCUGCGGAAAAAAACAGCUGCUAUGUAAGAUAAUGCGCCAGUGAUCGGCGAUGUGAUGGCUCAGUUGGAGACUAACGGUUUCAAGGAAAUGAAUGGAAUGCAUGGCGUGAACAGGGUGAAUGGAGAAUUGGUUUACUGAUUUUGUAUAUAUGGUUUUGGAACUUGGGAUGGCAACAUUAAUGACCAUCUACCCGUCUUCAC